GCAGGUUCAAGAGCACCUAACGAUCAGGUGAGUUCCUCUUGACGGUGUUCAGCGCAUUCCAUCUCCAAUAAUGAUUUAUAUAUACACUAAAAUACUAGUUCGUUCUAGUGUCUCUUGUGUUCUAGAUUCAACAAUCCCUAAAUUGUAUGCCCUUCAAACCCAUCCCAUCUUCAUCUCUCAAAUCCAUCUCAACUUCCGCAGAUCAACACUCAUUUACUGUCAAUUACCUGAUAAAUUCAUGUGGGUUGAGUCCAGAAACUGCCAUUUCACCUUCCAAACGCGUCAAUUUCAAAAAUCUAGAAAAACCAGAUUCGGUUCUCAACUUGUUCAAGAGCCAUGGAUUCAGCAAAACUCAGAUCUCAACUAUCACUAGAAAAAUCCCGGAACUUCUCUUAUCGGAUCCCAAGGAAAUCCUUCUGCCCAAAUUCGACUUCUUUUACACCACUGGCAUUUCCAGCACUGAGCUCUUGAAGAUAGUGUCCAUUAGCCCUGGCAUAUUGCACCGUAGCUUGAAGAACCAAAUCAUACCGUCUUUCAAUUUGUUGAAGAAUAUAUUUGGUUUGGAUGAUAACUUUAUGGCGGCCUUUAAACGAUUCCCUGGGAUGGUAUGCCGCGAUCAUAGUGCUACUACAUUCCCCAGCACUGAAAUUUUGAGACAACACGGGGUGCCAUAUUCGAAUAUUGUGUACUUGCUUACUCAUCAGCCUAGGUCACUCAUGAUUGUAAAGCCUGAUAGAUUCAAGGAGGUAGUGGAGGAUGUUAAGAAAAUGGGUUUGAACCCUUCACAAUCACUGUUUGUUUUGGCGGUUGUCGCAUUGACGUCAAUGAGUAAAUCAACAUGGAUAAGGAAGAUGGAGGUUUAUGAGAAGUGGGGUUGGUCUGAGGAAGAAACAAUCUUGGCUUUUACAAGAUUUUCGUGGUGUAUGACGGUAUCUGUGGAGAAGUUAAUGGCGGUGCUAAAUUUUUAUGUUAACACAAUGGGUUGGAAGUCUUCCCUAAUUGCUCGUGAUCCAAUAUUAUUAUCAAUGAGCUUGGGUAAGAGGAUAAUUUCCAGGUGUUCGGUGCUUCAAGUUUUGUUGUCAAAAGGUUUGAUUAAGAAACCCAUUAAUGCAGCCACAUUGUUGAAGUACACCGAGAGUUUGUUCCUCAAGAAGUUUGUGAUGUGUUACGAGGAAACUCCUCAGUUAUUGAAACUAUAUCAUAAAAAAUUGGACCUUACAAAAUAA